AUGCAUUCAACGCGGCUUAUCCAUCUAAUGAUGGCGGCACUCUCAGUGACCGCUGUCACUGGAGUAGCAUGGCUCGAUAAUCAGCACGCUGGCGCAGGUCAACUCGCGGUCAGGGCGACGGAUGAUCUCAUCUCAAUUGGUCCUGGUCUCGACGCCGAUUCUACCACCGAUGCACCUGCUGCCGAUCCAACCACAUCUAGUGAUGAUGCAGCAGAUGAUUCGACGACAUCAGCUCCUCCUGCGGAAACCACGUCUGAUACCCCAACUACUUCUAAUGAUCCCACUCCAACUCCUACAACAAGUGAUGAACCUACCCCAACGCCUACGACGUCCAACAACCCAACCCCGACAACUACGGGAGGAACGACAGUGACGACGCCUCCGCCAAACACGACUCGUACAACCCCUUCGUCCUCGGCCCCGACUCCUUCGGAGACAUCCAGCGAUGGCAAUGGCGGUGAUGACACAACCGAAGUUCCUCAAACGACGCCGCCACCUACUACGUCUACUUUCAUCACCGUAAUUACUUCUACUGACGCGGCAGGGCAGACCCAUGUCAGCUCAUCUUCCAGCGUUAUCGUGUCGACGCCUUCUCCUGUUGCCGAUACCAGCGGCGAAAACAAGCAAUCCGGAUUGAGCACGCAAGACAGGAAUACGAUCAUUGGUGUUUGUGUCGGUGUUGGUGGCGCGAUUGUCCUGGUAGCUGCAGGUGUACUAUUCCGAAGACUCCGCAACAACAAACGAAGCCAGGAAGAGAAUGAGGAGCUAGUCAGCUACGGCGAUGGAUUUGGAGGUCCCGGAACCGCGGAGAAGUCGGAACCUAGUGGUAGCACCGCCGGCCGCAGCCCGUUCCAGAGCACCCUCGAGAGCUACCACGCGCCGACGCAUGCUAACGCUGCUUCUAACUUCUAA